CUGCCCGCUGCUUUCCUCACGCUCUCCAGGCUCAGUAACUUUGUAACAGAGGGAUGCGGCAGGCGCACGCAGCAGCCUGAAAAUGGCUCGCGACUGGAUUUAUCCCUCCCUCCUUAUUCUUCGCUUCCUUUUGCCGAAUCAAGCCUUAAGGAAUUACCCAGAAAAUGAAGUGACGCUGCUGGACUCAAUGUCUGCGCUGGGAGACUUGGGCUGGGAGGCGUAUCCAGCCGAGGGUUGGGAGGAGAUCAGCGUGAUGGACGAGAGGAACACGCCCAUGCGGACCUACCAGGUGUGCAACGUGAUGGAGGCCAACCAGAACAACUGGCUCCGCACGAGUCACAUCCCACGCGACGGCGCCCAGCGCGUCUACAUCGAGAUCAAGUUCACCCUCCGCGACUGCAACAGCCUGCCCGGGGUGCCGGGCACCUGCAAGGAGACCUUCAACAUGUACUACUACGAGUCCAACAACGGCAACGUGUGGUUCAUCAAGGAGAGCCAGUACGCGAAGAUCGACACCAUCGCAGCCGACGAGAGCUUCACGCAGGUGGACGUGGGCGACCGGGUGAUGAAGCUCAACACGGAGGUACGGGACAUCAGCAACCUGAGCAAGAAGGGCUUCUACCUGGCCUUCCAGGACGUGGGCGCCUGCAUCGCCCUGGUGUCGGUGCGCGUCUUCUACAAGAAGUGCCCGCUGACGGUGCUGAACCUGGCGCGCUUCCCCGACACGGUGACGGGCGGGGACUCGGCCCUGGUGGAGGUGCACGGCUCCUGCGUCAACGACUCGGAGGAGCUGGAGCUGCCGCGCAUGUACUGCAGCGCCGACGGCGGCUGGCUGGUGCCCAUCGGCCGCUGCGUGUGCCGGCCGGGCUUCCAGGAGAGCGAGGGGCAGUGCCAGCCUUGCAGGCCUGGCUUCUACAAGGCCUUGUCGAUGGACUCGUACUGCACCAAGUGCCCUCCGCACAGCUACUCCCUGCAGGACAAGGCCUCUGAGUGCACCUGUGAGAAGGGCUACUACCGCGCCGAGCUGGACCCCCGCUCCAUGGCCUGCACCAGGCCUCCGUCGGCUCCUGAGAACCCAAUCUCCACCAUCAACGAGACCUCGGUGGCCCUAGAGUGGGGCCCGCCGCGGGACAGCGGGGGCCGGGGGGACGUCACCUACAACGUCCACUGCAGGAAGUGCCCGGGGGAUGGCAGGAAGUGCGGCCCCUGCGGGAGCGGCCUCCACUUCAGCCCCCGCCAGUUCGGCCUGGCCCUGGCCAAGGUCCAGGUCACCGACCUGCUGCCUCACACCAACUACACCUUCAGCAUCGAAGCGGUGAACGGCGUGUCUGACCAGAGCCCCAGCCCCCGCCAGCUAACCUCCGUCAACAUCACCACCAGCCAGACAGUGAGCGUGACGCUGAUGAAGAGGAAGAGCAAGGACAGCAUCACAUUGGCUCUGCAGGGGCCGGAGAGUGCCAACGGGGCCAACGUUGAGUACGAGGUCACCUACUACGAGAAGAACCAGAGGGACCAGAACUACACGGUUCUGAGGACCCGGUUAAACGCGCUGACCGUGGAUGGACUGAAGCCCGGGACUACCUACGUGUUCCGCGUGCGGGCGAGCAUCGACGGCGGAUAUGGAAACUACGGGGGCGACAUCGAGCUGGAGACCAGUCACGAAGACAUGCUGGCCAUAGGUGAUCCCAACCAGCCCACCAUCCUGGCGGUGUCCAUCGCCGGUGGCAUCGUGCUGCUCAUAUUCCUGGUGGCCUGCUUCGUAGUGAGUGGCAGACACUGCGGCUACAUCAAGGCCAAGCAGGACCCAGAGGAAGAGAAGAUGCAGUUUCAGCACGGACGAGUCAAGCUCCCAGGAAGCCGAACUUACAUCCACCCUCACACGUACGAAGACCCUAAUCAAGCUGUCCGUGAUUUCGCCAAGGAGAUCGAAGCCUCCAACAUACGCAUUGAGAGGGUCAUAGGAGCUGGUGAGUUUGGGGAGGUGUGCAGCGGCCGUCUGAAGCUGCCCAGCAAGCGGGAGAUCUACGUGGCCAUCAAGAGCCUGAAGGCGGGGUACUCGGAGAAGCAGAGACGGGACUUCCUGAGCGAAGCCAGCAUCAUGGGCCAGUUCGACCACCCCAACAUCAUCCGACUGGAGGGCGUGGUCACAAGAUGUAAGCCUGUGAUGAUUAUAACUGAGUUCAUGGAGAAUGGGUCAUUGGACACCUUCCUAAAGAAACACGACGGCCAGUUCACAGUGAUCCAGCUGGUGGGGAUGCUUCGGGGCAUCGCCUCGGGCAUGAAGUACCUCUCCGACAUGAGCUACGUCCACCGGGACCUGGCCGCCCGCAACAUCCUGGUCAACAGCAACCUGGUAUGCAAGGUGUCCGACUUCGGCCUGUCCAGGGUCCUGGAGGACGACCCCGAGGCGGCCUACACGACCCGGGGAGGAAAGAUCCCUAUCCGAUGGACAUCCCCGGAGGCCAUUGCCUACAGGAAGUUCACCUCCGCCUCCGAUGUGUGGAGCUAUGGCAUCGUCAUGUGGGAGGUGAUGUCAUACGGAGAGCGGCCAUAUUGGGAGAUGUCAAACCAAGAUGUCAUUAAGGCGAUAGACGAGGGGUACCGCCUGCCCGCGCCCAUGGACUGCCCCGUCGUGCUGCACCAGCUGAUGCUGGACUGCUGGGAGAAGGGGCGCAGCGAUCGGCCAAAAUUCGGCCAGAUCGUCAACACCCUGGACAAGCUGAUCCGCAACCCGGGGAGCCUGAAGCAGCUGGCCAACAGCUCCGUCUGGGAGGACCCCAUAACCCCCGAGUUGAGCAGUGGGACAGUGGAGGAGUGGCUGGACGCCAUUAAGAUGGGCCAGUACAAGGAGCAGUUCACCACCGCAGGCUACGUCACGCUGGACUCGGUCAUCUACAUCAACAGCAGUGAUCUAGGGAACAUGGGCGUGACUCUGGUGGGACACCAAAAGAAGAUCCUCACCAGUAUACAGAGUCUGCAGACACAAGGGACUCAAGUACAAGUAUAACACGUUCCUCUGAGACAGAGGGAGGGGCGCGAGAGACUGAGAACAGAGAGAGAGAGAGAGAGAGAAAGAUAAAUUAAAAGAGAGCUUGUUACCAACCGACAGCUUCGCCGUUCAAACUGGUCUGGAUGUUAUCGUACCGUAAGCACUCCGGUGUCCCUCUGUGCACCCGCAACGCCCACCGAAACAGAAAAGGAGAACUAGAGACUGAUCUACAUUAGGUCACUGCUAACGCAUCUGGGGGAAAAAACAACAACAACAUAUGAAUUAUCACUGUUUGUGGAGUUUAAUGUACAGCCAUUCAGUUGUUUUCUUCUUGAUAUAUAUUUUUUCUUUUUCUUUUUUCUCCACCUCAGAAGUAAGAAGAAUCUCUCUGUCCAGAGUGGUGUUUACAAAGUGCCCUAACAGUCCACAAUGAAACCUCCAUCCAUAUCCUGUUCAAUCUGUCCUAGAAGACCGAUCUUGCGCAAAUGUAUGACCAGUAGCAUAUAUGGAUAUGCUUUGCAUCUCUCACCAACUCACUUUGGGGCGUACGUUAGCUCUUUAUUCUCAUGUGUUUUCAGGGCAUUGAUGUGUACCAUUUCUUCACUGGUCGCUAUCUUUGGUCUCAGAAGAACUACAGUGUCGAUUUACCUUCAUGUAUGUAUAGCCAUCCUCCCUUAUGUCCUUGUUAAAGGAUUCUAUUGUACAUAUCAGAGUGUCGUAUAACUUUGUACCAGUGAAAGCCCCAUGCAGCUAAACGAGAGAACAGUGCACAAGUACAUACAAGUGGGUGAUGCCGGUCUCCCUGGUCUCUGAUUGGCCAUCUCACCAGACCACACCCAGCUUGUGUCUUGUCAGCUAGAUGCAUGUGUAUGUCUGCCUUUCUACAAUUUUGUGGGAGAGACAGAGCAGUCAUUCAGUGAACAAUGGGCAGCGGUCAUGAGAAUGCAAAUCUUAUUUAGUUUAACUUAGUACGGUGGCUCAUUAAUGCCAUCACAAAAUAACAUUUUUGGGUUUUGUUAUGUUGAAAACUCAAGAUAAUUCCAUCAGGAUUUUCCAUGAACAAAAUAAUCUAAAAUACAGAAUAUGUUAUACAGUAUAUCCUAUAACUUAGGAUCUCAAACAAACCCAUUUGGAAAUGUCAAAAUCCUUUACUGUAUAUAUAUAGAUACCUAACAUGGUAAAACUGGACUAUAGAGGAAAUUAUCAAGAUAACAAGCCCCAAACAUCUUAUUUUACAAUGGCUUCAACAAGCUGCGGUGUACUUAAUGUUCUUCCCAAUGGCAAAAGCAUGAGGGAGGAGCGGAUUGAAGUUCAGCAAAGGGUGUUGAAAAUGUCAAGAGUGCACUGGAGAUAAUGUGAUAUCCCUACAGUACAGUGUUAGUAUAAAUGAAGAAGUGAGUGGGCUAAGCUUUGCAAAAUAGAAUGUAUAUUUGUUCAGAACAAUGUGCCAUGUACUCCGUUGUGAUGGUUCUUUCUUCCUGGGCCACGGCUGCUGGAUCGAGGGGGCGGCUCAGUGGCUUUGUGUGGAAUGCCUACAGGGAAACAAAUGUGACUAAAUAAAAGGAAACUGAAGUGAAA